CGGAAAUGCCUUUUGGGAAGUUAGAGACGGAAAAGUAGGGCGGGGCGGGGUAAAGAAAGCUGGUGCCGUUUCUAGGCAACUGAAGACUCUGGGUCCUUUGUGGGGCCUGAUAGCCAAGCGACAGAAGUGCCCUAGAAAGUGCCAAUGGGCAGUUCGUGUCGGUCACACAUCUCUGAGAGCUUUGUCCUUUAAACUUCUGACCAGUUCCAGGCAGUAAAACUGCUAAGCCUCCCAGAUGUGUGGAGCUGUUCCUGGAUCUACAGCUCGUUGCCACCUUCUUCUUCCUACCUUCUGAGAGACCCUGAAACCCUUGCCAUGGAAAAGUACCACGUUUUGGAGAUGAUUGGAGAAGGCUCUUUUGGCAGAGUGUAUAAGGGCCGAAAAAAAUACAGUGCUCAGGUGGUGGCCUUGAAGUUCAUCCCCAAACUGGGGCGCUCAGAGAAAGAGCUGAGGAAUCUGCAACGCGAGAUUGAAAUCAUGCGGGGUCUGUGGCACCCCAACAUUGUGCAUAUGCUUGACAGCUUUGAGACUGACAAAGAGGUGGUGGUGGUGACAGACUAUGCUGAGGGAGAACUCUUUCAGAUUCUGGAAGAUGAUGGAAAACUUCCCGAAGACCAGGUUCAGGCCAUUGCGGCCCAGCUGGUGUCAGCCCUGUACUACCUGCAUUCCCACCGCAUCCUCCACCGAGACAUGAAACCCCAGAACAUUCUUCUCGCCAAGGGCGGCGGCAUCAAACUCUGUGACUUUGGAUUUGCCCGAGCUAUGAGCACUAAUACCAUGGUGCUGACGUCCAUCAAAGGCACACCACUCUAUAUGUCUCCAGAGCUGGUGGAGGAGCGACCAUACGACCACACAGCAGACCUCUGGUCUGUAGGCUGCAUCCUGUAUGAGCUGGCUGUAGGCACGCCUCCUUUCUACACGACCAGCAUCUUUCAACUGGUCAACCUCAUUCUCAAGGACCCUGUGCGCUGGCCCUCCAGCAUCAGCUCCUGCUUCAAGAACUUCCUGCAGGGGCUGCUCACCAAGGACCCGCGGCAGCGUCUGUCCUGGCCAGACCUCCUGCAUCACCCCUUCAUUGCUGGCCGUGUCACCAUAAUAACUGAACCAGCAGGCUCAGAUUUGGGCGCCCCGUUUACUAGUCGUCUACCUCCAGAACUUCAGGUCCUAAAGGAUGAACAGGCCCAUCGGCUGGCACCCAAGGGUAACCAGUCUCGCAUCCUGCACCAGGCCUGUAAACGCAUGGCUGAAGAAGCCAAGCAGAAGAAAGACCAGAAUGCAGGACCUGGCCUUGAACAAGAAGAAAAGUCCGGCAAGGUGACACCUAGCGCAGCCCCUGUGCCUAGACUAAAGGCUGCUCCUCAGGAACCAAGCCUCUUGGCUAGUGUAUUGGACUCAGAAAUGCAGAGCAACUGGGAAGACUGGGCAGCUGGAGAACUGCCCCCUACACCUGGGGAAAACCACAUCACCUUGGAGUGUGAACAAGUGUUCCCAGAGCUGAGGCCAGAGACGAUGGGCCAGCAGAGCAGCGAUGCAAUGGAUCUAGAAAACGAGGAGGCAGACAGUGAUGACGAGUGGCAGCGCCUCCUAGAGACCGCCGAGCCUGUGCCGGUGCAGCUGAAGGCCCCCCUCACUCUGCUGUGUAACCCUGACUUCUGCCAGCGCAUCCAGAGUCAGCUGCGUGGGACUGGCGAGCAGAUCCUGAAAGGCGUCCUGGAGGGUGCUUCCCACCUCCUUCCUGCACUCCGCGUCCUGAGCAGUCUCCUGUCCAGCUGCAGUGACUCUGUGCUCCUGUACACCUUCUGCCAGGAGGCAGGACUGCCCCGGCUGCCUCUGAGCCUCCUCAGACACAGCCAGGAGAGCGGCAGUGUCCAGCAGCAACCUUGGUAUGGGGCCUUCUUGCGGGACCUGUUGGCCGUGGUUCAGGCCUACUUUUCCUGUGCCUUCAAUCUGGAGAGGAACCAGACAGGUGACAGCCUACAGGUGUUUCAGGAGGCUGCCAACCUCUUUUUGGACUUGUUGGGAAAGCUGUUGGCCCAAUCAGAUGACUCCGAGCAGACAUUUCGCAGGGACAGCCUUAUGUGCUUUGCUGUGCUGUGUGAAGCUGUGGAUGGGAACAGCCGGGCCAUCUCCAAUGCCUUUUACUCCAGCCUGUUGACCACACAGCGCGCUGUGCUAGACGGACUCCUUCACGGCCUAACAGUCCCGCAGCUUGCUUUCCACACGCCCCCAGGAGCCCCGCAAGUGACGCAGCCACUGCGGGAGCAGUGUGAAGAUAUCCCUGGAGCCAUCUCUUCCGCCCUGGCAGCCAUGUGUACCGCUCCCGUGGGGCUGCCGAGCUGCUGGGACGCCAAGGAACAGGUCUCUUGGCAUUUGGCCAAUCAGCUGACUGAGGACAAUAGCCAACUGAGGCCAUCCCUUGUCUCUGGUCUGCGGCAUCACAUCCUAUGCCUCCACCUUCUCAAGGUUCUCUAUUCUUGCUGUUAUAUCAGUGAACGCCUGUGCCAGAUUCUGGGGCAAGAGCCCCUGGCCUUGGAGUCACUGUUGAUGUUGGUCCAGGGCAAGGUAAAAGUAGCCGAUUGGGAAGAGUCCACUGAGGUGGCACUCUACCUCCUGUCCCUUCUUGUCUUUCGGCUCCAAGAUCUGCCUGCUGGAUUGGAGAAGCUGGGCAGUGAGGUUGCUACUCUUUUUACCCGCUCACACGUCGUCUCUCUUGUGAAUGCAGCAGCCUGUCUCUUAGGCCAACUUGGUCAGCAAGGGGUGACCUUUGACCUCCAGCCCCAGGAAUGGAUUGCUGCAGCUGCUCAUGCCUUGUCGGCCCCUGCAGAGGUCCGGCUGACUCCACCGUGUAGCUGUGGCUUCUAUGAUGGUCUCCUCAUCCUUUUGCUCCAGCUCCUUAUUCAGGGGAAGCCUGGCCUGACCAGAGAAGUGGCUGCUUCCGAGGUGUGGACCAUUCUGUGGCACCGCUUUUCCAUGGCCCUGAGGCUACCUGAGGAGGUGACUGUACAGGAAGACGAUCUGUCACUCUCAAGUCCGCCCAGCCUAGAGCCAGACUGGACACUGAUUUCACCGCAAGGCAUGGCAGCCUUGCUGAGCCUGGCCAUGGCCGUCUUCACCCAGGAGCCCCAGUUAUGCCUGAGCCAUCUGUCCCAGCAUGGAAGCAUCCUCAUGUCGACCCUCAAGCACCUGCUUUCCCCCAGCUUCUUGCAUCACCUGAGCCAAGCGCCUCAGGGGCCCGAGUUCCUCCCUGCCGUGGUCCUCUCCGUGUGCCAGCUGCUUUGCUUCCCUUUUGCCCUGGAUGUGGAUGCUGACCUCCUCGUAGGCAUCUUGGCCGACCUCAGGGACUCAGAAGUUGCAAUCUACCUGCUGCAGGUCUGCUGCCACCACCUCCCGUUGUUACAAGCAGCGCUGCCCAUUGGUCUCCUUACACGCCUGGCCCUCAUGGAUCCCACCUCUCUCAAGCAGUUUGUGGACACAGUGGCUACCUCUUCUAGGACCAUCAUCUCAUUCCUCUCUAUUGUCCUACUGAGUGACCAGCCUUUCAUGAUUUCUGACCUUCUGUCCCUGCUGACCCACACAGCCCGGGUACUGUCCCCCAGCCACUUGUCCUUUGUCCAGGAGCUCCUGGCUGGCUCUGAUGAAUCCUAUCGGCCAUUGCGUAGCCUCCUGGGCCACUCAGAGAACACCGUGAGGGUCCGUACUUACGGGCUUCUGGGACAUUUAUUACAACACAGCAUGGCCCUACGUGGGGCACUGCAGAGCCAGACAGGACUGCUCAGCCUUCUGCUGCUAGGACUUGGAGACAAGGACCCUGCCGUGCGACGCGGUGCCAGCUUUGCUGUGGGCAAUGCGGCCUACCAGGCUGGUCCCUUGGGACCUGCCCUGGCAGCUGCUGUGCCCAGUUUGACCCAGCUGCUUGGAGAUCCUCAGGAUGGUAUCCGGCGCAAUGUUGCAUCAGCUCUGGGCAAUCUGGGACCUGAAGGAUUGGGCAAGGAGCUAUUACAGUGCCAAGUACCCCAGCGGCUCCUAGAAAUGGCAUGUGGAGACCCUCAGCCAACUGUCAAGGAGGCUGCCCUCAUUGCUCUUCGGAGCCUCCGACAAGAGUCCUGUAUUCAUCAGGUGCUGGUGUCCCUGGGUGCCAGUGAGAAAUUAGCCUUGCUCUCGUUGGGGAACCAGUUACUGCCGAAUAGCAGCACCAGACCUGCCUCUGCCAGACAUUGCAGGAAACUCAUCCACCUCCUGAGGCCAACCCACAGCACGUGACCCCGACUCCUGGGGCUCUUCUUCCAGCCUUCACUACCCUUCUGUUGCCAAGUCUUCCUUAUUCUCCUACCCAAGCUACUGACUCAGCCGAGAGCUGGAGAGACUGAAAAAGAGUGAUAAGCUGCCAACUCCCCUGUGAGCAAGAAACUAGAAGAGAUUUUCAUAUUAAAGCUCCUUCCUUUCCCUAGAUUCAUGAUGAUUUGAAUCAGUAAACUUCAUCAUCACUGUU